CUGGUCAGCUCUCCGUAUUCGGAUUUCGUAAAUCAGCUCGACUUGCAAGCCCUGGAAACGCCAUACAAGCUCUUCGCUUUCGCCCUCGGCGCCCUUGAACCAAUUCGUGGAGACUAUGCUACAGCGCCGUAUCUCGAAUCCUUCAAUUGGCCCGACGUGUUUGCCUUGUUGCGACACCUGUGCGUGCAGACUGGGUAUCAAUGGCAGAAGCGUGCCUUCUACACCGUCAUCUUCCGCUCGACUCUCCAGCCAGGUGUCGACCGUGAUAGGCUCGGACUGCUGGACAAGAAGUCUCACGAAGAGGCUUGCGCGAGCGGAGGACUGUUGAAGUAUUGGUUCGGAACCUGCGAUGAAGAGCGCCGGAAUCUUGCCACCUGUCUAUGGCGCAGUCGUGAAGAUGCUCGAGCAGGCGGAAGCGGUCCGUGGCAUGCCAAAGCUAGAGCUGCCGCAAGAACCAUGUACGAGAACAUCACAUUCCACGUCCAUCAGCUCGUCGUCGAGGAUGGCGCGACUUCAUGGCGACUGGAAGAG